AUCGUCGUGUGAUAUACACAAGUACGCCUUAUAGGAUGAGAGAAAAGUUUUUCGAAUACUCACGGCAUAAUGAGAGAUUUUACGUAAAGCUCGUAGAUUAUAACAUAACGGAAGAAUUCUUGCGUAAUAGCUACCGGGCGACGAGCGACGAACGCUCGCGUGCAUUUUGUAUUUUUAUGGGAUACCAGUUGCACAGGUCAUUGGAUUCGGCGUCAUGCAGUACAACUAGUUGGGUACCUACACAUGUCAAUUGAAGUAAUUGAUCUGUCCAACUGGAGCAUACCACACGAGUAGCUGUAGAGUGCUAUCCUAUACUUUGUUGACAUUUUGAAUGAAAGGAGUUUAAAUGGCUGCACCCAUCAAUGUUGUUGUUACUGGAGCAGCUGGGCAGAUUGCCUACUCCCUGCUGUACCAGCUGGCUGCUGGUUCAGUUUUUGGACCCGACCAACCAAUCAAUCUGAGAUUGCUGGACAUCGAGCCAAUGAUGGGAGUUCUCAAGGGAGUAGUCAUGGAACUUGAAGAUCUUGCUCUUCCUCUUCUCAAGGAUGUGCUGCCUACUGCUGAUCCAGAGCCAGCAUUCAAAGAUGCAGCAGCUGUGUUCCUCGUUGGAUCUAUGCCUCGCAGAGAAGGUAUGGAACGCAAAGAUCUUCUUGCUGCCAAUGUCAAGAUCUUCAAGAUCCAGGGAGAAGCUCUUGACAAGUUUGCAAGAAAGGAUGUCAAAGUUCUGGUUGUGGGUAACCCAGCCAAUACAAACGCGUUGAUCUGCUCACACUACGCUCCUUCCAUUCCAAAAGAGAACUUCACAGCGAUGACAAGGCUUGAUCAAAACAGAGCUCAGGCGGCUAUUGCUGCACGUCUGGGUGUUGCAAUUGACAAAGUGAAAAAUGUGAUCAUUUGGGGAAAUCACAGCUCAACUCAGUAUCCCGAUGCUGCUCAAGCCACAGUAGAAGUUAAUGGAACUUCGAAACCUGUUCCAGAGGUUGUCAAGGAUGACAAAUGGUUGAAUGAAGUAUUUGUGGAAACAAUUCAAAAGCGUGGAGCAGCUGUCAUUGCUGCAAGGAAAAUGUCAUCUGCCAUGUCAGCAGCAAAAGCGGCAGGAGAUCAUAUGCGUGACUGGUGGUUUGGAACCAAACCUGGUCAGUAUGUAAGCAUGGGAGUAGUAUCUGAUGGAAGCUAUGGAAUCCCCAAAGACAUCGUUUUCUCACUGCCAGUAACCAUUCAGAAUAAGCAAUACAAAAUUGUACAAGGACUUAACAUUAGCAGCUUUGCCAGAUCAAAAUUAGACAUAACUGCGAAAGAACUGGAAGAAGAACGAGCUGAAGCCAACACAGUCCUUCAGCAGUGACUAGGUGGCCCAAAUAAUGAAAGUAAUGCGGGAGAAAAGACAAUAUCCAAGUUAUAAAGAUUUAUUGUAGAGUAUGUAUGUUUAACUGCUGUGAUUGAAUAUGUAAAUUGUUGUACCAAGACAGCACAUAUUUUUAGUAUGCGUGGGCCUUGACCACCAUGUGCAUUUAGCAGUUUUCACAUGGUAUCCGAAAACAUUUGGAACACGGGAAUAUUCUAGGAAUAUAUUAAUAAAACUCGUUACUCGUAA